GAAAAAUAGAAAAAUAGAAACGACAUAAACCCUACCCACCUCCUCUUCCGCCCAGUGCUGUCAAUCUUCGAUCUUCAAUCUUCAGUUUCAGAGCAAUGGGAAAGAAAUCAAAGGGAUCUAGGAAGGGGAAGAAGGCCUGGAGAGCCAAUAUAAGCUCUGCGGACAUUGAGGAUUUCUUCGAGAAGUCUACAAAGGACGCUCUCUCCGGCGGUUCUCUUUCCGCCGUUCCCAGUGAUUCUCUUUUCGUCGUCGAUAAGUCUCGAGAUCUUUCUGUGAAGCGGAAAAUUGAAAAGAAACGUGAAAAGGUACUUUACUGUGACAGCAUAUUAACAAAGAAUCCUUUUGUCCAAGCUGUGCCUUCUUCAAUUAAUAAGAAAUCCAAGAAAAAACUGGAAGAGGGUUCUAAAGCUAAAGAAACCUCUGAAGAUGGUGCUAAGGUUGGCAUGUUUGACAUGUGGAGUGAUAAAGGUGAAAAUAAAAGCAAAAAAAGUAAGAAAUCAUCGAAGCCAUCCAUUAUUCCAGCAGUAGAAGUUGAGCCCUCAGGAUGUUCGUUCAAUCCUCCACAUGAGAGUCAUCAGGAUGUACUUGCCCGUGCUGUUGCAGAAGAAAUGCAGAAAGUAUACCGAAAUGAGCUGGGGCCUGAGCCAGUUCCCUUAACAGUCACAGGAGAAGCUAUUAGUGAAGAAGAUAUGUUAUUUUUGGAUGCUGAUAAUGAUACUGAUGACGAAACCAAUUUGGACGAAAUGGAUGAGGAUGAUAUUGAAAAAAGGCCUUUGAGGACAAAAAGGGUGACUCGAGUUGAGUUGAAUAAGAGAGCUAGAAACAAAGAACAGCGCAGAAAGGAAGCCGAAUCAAAGAAGUUGAAAGGAAUUUCCAAAGAGAUUGACAGCUUGCCGGAUAUCCUUCAAGAAAUAGCUAAAGAGGAUGAGGAGAGACAAAACAGACUUAUCCGACGAACAAUAGCGAAACAGGAGAGAUUAAAGUCAUGCCCACCUCGAUUGGGGAGGCACAAGUUCGAGCCUGCUCCGGUUCAAGUUCUCCUAUCCGAGGAAAUAACUGGAUCACUCCGUAAGCUGAAGGGCUGUUGCACCCUUGUUAAGGACAGGUUCAAAAGCUUAGAGAAAAGAGGAAUAAUUGCCCCUACUGCCAAGAAGAGCAGAAGGAAAUAGAAGUAGAUUUGUUCGUUUGUUGAACUCGAGAACUCGAGAGAUAUCUAUGGCGAAUUCGACAGGGUAAUGGUGAUAGGUAUAGUUUAAAGCAGCGAGGUUGAACAACAUAAAUACGUAUCGACGUGACGGGCCUUUGAGAUGUAGGUUUUUGUUUCUAUUUCCUUUUAUAUAUAGUUUCUAUUGUUGAACUCGGGAACUCCAGAGACAUCUAUGGCGAAUUCGACCGGGUAACGGUGAUAGAUAUAGUUAAAAGCCAUGAAGAGCCUUUAAAUAUAUGGCUCCUCCUAUACUGAAUUGUUUUUUACUUUUCAAUUUUGUGUUUACUCUGGUUUUUAAUUUUAUUAGCGAUUGUUCUUAUACAUGUUGAAGUAUGUAAUUG